GCCUCCACUAGGGCUGAGAAUGGACUGAGCGUAAUCUACGAAUAUGUGGAGAGGUUGAAGAAAACCUUGUCAAAGGAUAUUAUUUUCUAUGGCGCUGAAAACGAUGAACGACUAACGGGGAGGCACGAGUCUUCAAGGCCAAACGAGGUGACCGCCGGAGUUGGUACGAGGCAUACCUCGAUUCGUAUUCCCAACGCUGUUGCCGCAGAGCAGAAAGGAUACAUGGAGGAUCGGCGACCUGCUGGCGAUGCAGAUCCUUAUCUUGUUUCGUCGAGGCUGUUUUCGUCUUGUGUUGCGCUGGAGGCCCCGGAGUUGGAUUUGAUGUCAUCACUCCAUGAGAGAGCGUGGAUGAGGUUUGAUAAUUUGUCCCAAAAUUGA